UCGAUUCGUUCGGCGUCGUGUCCCAGUCUGAGCGUCGUCGUCGCGAUUUUCCGCGGAAAAGUGGACACCGUCGAUAUACAGGGCGGUCAAAAUUAAUACUAAAAUUUUUUUUUUUCGAAAAAUAAUUAAAAACGCUUAAAAUUUAUAGUGCGAUCGAGACGUCAUGGGACUGUAUUGGAUGUCCUGAAACAGUGUUACAGCUAUCCAAAAACCCAUAGAAAAUCUUUGAUACAGUAAACACGAUCCCUAGAGGUCCAAAGGGUGAGGGGGCACAUGACCAACGGCCUCAAGUUGAUCCUCCCUGCCCCCUCUUGGGGAGAUGCGUGAGCUAGACUGUCCCCAACUGUGGAGAUUCUUCCAGACAGACUGCCCCUACAUUCAUGUACACCCUCUGCCUCACUCUGACGAGCUGGAGAAGAGGAUUCCUCUUGCAGCGCAGACGACUUACUGCGCAGAGCUGGAGGAGCUCCAAGAAUUGCUCCAUUUCCCUGAGGAAGUCGCUUUGCGUCUCGCCGACACAGAGUACCAACUUUUCUACCAGGUCCCGCCCAUUGACUACCUACGACAGGUGACAGCCGACCUAGGCGGCGCGACAGGCACGUCGGAGGCUAGUCUACCUGGCAACGUCGCCUCGACUUCAAGGUCAUCAGUGGCCACACUCAUCAAGCGUUUUAACGAGGUUAGCGCGUGGGUAACUCAGCUGAUCAUAUCCCAACCAACCCACGAUGCCAGACGGGCAGUCCUGUCCUGCGUCCUGCGCGUUGCGCUCUCCUCAUGGAACAUUGGAAACUUUAAUGGAGCCAUGGAAAUCAUCGCGGGCCUCAAGUCGAACAAACUCAAACCGUUCUGGCUGUCCAUCACCGAAAAGGACACGCUGCCCAUCCUCAAUUUCCUGUCCGCCGCGCUGCUGUCCGCCGAGUACGACCGCGCCCUCAGCCGCGCCCUCGCCAUGGCCGAGUGCCCGGUCGUACCGUUCUUCGGCGCGUUCCUGCGCGAGCUGCGCGAGAUCCUGGCCAGCAACACGCCGGAGGGGUUGCCUAUGCCCGGCGGGGGCAAGUCGUCCAAGGCGAGCCGCGCGGAGCAGGCGCAACAAAGACAAGUGUUCAUAUCGGACUACAACGGCGAGGACCACCAUUUCACCAAGAUUGGACCCGGAGGGCUCAUAAACCUGGAGAAGAUCUAUCGGACUCAGGCCGUCAUGGAUCACAUCUCCACCUGUCACAAGCACUAUCACGACCGGUAUAGACUGAGUCCGACGGUCAGCCUCAUAGACUACUUGAAAUCUUCAUCAAUUAGUGAACCAAGGAUUUUAGCAGCGGCACCCUCUCAAAAUACCGAACUCGAUGGAGAGUACGAAGUGGACGUGGACGAUUAUCACCCUGUACAGCCCCUAGUCCACGACCAUGGUGUUAGUUUUGUUUGCCUUUCGUCCCCUUUGACCAAAGUCGAUCAGCAUGUGAUGCAGAUUCUUCACCACGGUAGUACGGUGGUGAUAUGGGAGAGCCAAGAGAACCAGACGCCUUCAACCAUAAGAGGUACCUUCCUGUACCUCAGACUAGACAGGUCGUCCACUGUACUAACUUGGGUCAGACCAAGUUGGUCCGCUUUGAAAGCGGGAAAUACAAACGACAGUGACCCAUUCUCUCAAGAUUUUAAUUUGAGUUUCAAUCCCGAGGAUACUUUGGCUCCUGGAUUGCUGACCAAGUUGGCACUGCAGAGCAGCGGGGAACAAAGUACCAUGACAACAUUAGAUGACGGAUUUUUGGAUCUAAUGUUAAUCAAGGAGGUCCAUUUGGGCGGUAGGGACCAGGAAAAAGACGCGGAACUGGCAAUGGUGGCCCGCAGAUACGGACUCAGCCAUCAGCCCGGGAACGAAUGCGCUUUUACCAUUCUGCAUGGCAACGGACUCAGUGAUAACAGACUUUUCUAUGUUAUUUGUCCACCAGCUGAAUGCAGGGUAUGGUACAGUGGACUCUACUGGCUCAUCCGUGGGAUAUCUCGUCUAAAUUCUCUCUGUGAUAAACGUUUGCUGUGGUUAAGGGAGCAAUACCUGCAACUGUACCAUGAGGAUGGGUACUGUUGCGGACCACUGGCUGCGGAUGCCAUUCGGUCGUUUGGCGGAAGAGAUUGGUCUCUGGCCGGUAACAAACCCGGAAGUAAUCAAUCUGGCGAGACUUCCGGUGCCCUACGUAGAGAGGUAUCCAUGAAGAUAAAAAAGAAACAGAUAUUAAGCAAUCAGGCCUUCAAAGUGAGCAAAGAUAAAAGUCUGAAAUCAUCGUUUAUCGAGCCGGCGACCAUGUGCAUGGAGAGUAGUUAUUGGCGCAACCCCACGCAUCACCGACAGUCUACCCCCACCACUUUUGGCGGUGAACACCAGCCAGACGUCGCCAGGCAUCACAGUUUGGGUCAAUUGGCCUACACAUCGUCCAGUCAACCAAAAUUUGACAGGGAUCGACAUGGAUCGACUGAGCAUCUUUGGCAUGGUCGGCAUCCUCGAGUGGGAUCAAUUUUGUACGACACUCAACUAGAUUUUGUAGAUUUUGUCACACUCUUUCGUUCCUUUAGUUUACUUAUUCGAAAGGAUCUUAGAGACUUAUUCGAACAAUUAGCAAUAUCGUAUAGAAGUAUGGCUGUGAAUUCGAUAAAGAUCAACGGAGUAAGAUCCAAGGGAUCGGAUCAAGGCAGUAACAGGAAACCUUCAAAAUUUGGUCUUCUCACGAGAAAUAGUAGACAAGAACUGGAAGGUCAAGUGGUCAACACCCAAAAAAAAGUAUUCGACGCCAUAGCUGCCGCGAGUAUCUUCACUAACUGCGCUGGAAUUGACACAAACAACUCUCAAGUCAUCACACUUUCCACCUUUACCAAGUUUCUAGAAACCAGACAGAUGGAAACUAGAACCGAUGAUGAGGUCAAAGCUCUGAUCAACAGACACGAGCCUGACGCAUCUUUGCGAUCCCAACACUGUCUGUCCUUCGAAGGCUUCGCCAGGUACCUGAUGGACAAGGACAACUUUGCCUUCAUUCCAGAAUGCGAAGUACCCUGUGAAGAAGAAAUGAGGAGACCCUUGUCCACAUAUUACAUAGCUUCGUCCCAUAACACUUACCUUACUGGGCACCAGCUGAAAGGAGAAUCGUCCACAGAACUUUACAGUCAGGUGCUGUUAUCAGGCUGUAGGUGCGUAGAGUUGGACUGUUGGGACGGUGAAGACGGGUAUCCCAUGAUAUACCAUGGUCACACGUUUACAACCAAAAUACCGUUUAUAUGUGUAGUGGAAACUAUAUACAAAAAUGCUUUUGUCACUUCUCCUUAUCCUGUGAUACUCUCGAUCGAGAAUCAUUGUUCUUUACAGCAGCAAACAAGAAUGGCUCAUAUUUUUCAGAGAAUAUUUGGUGAUCGUUUGGUAACGAAUUUCUUGUUCGAGUCAGACUACAGCGAAGAACCAUGCUUACCGUCACCCGAGCAACUUCGCCACAGGAUUCUCAUCAAAAAUAAGAAACUUACCGUCGAAAUACCGGCACCGCUGUCAUCUAUGUCAACACCGGUACGACCCAUGAGCGGCAUGAGACACUCCGUUCCAGGAAGAACGAGUAGCAUCAUCAGUAACGCAAGUUCCAGUUCGUUUAAUGACGAUUUCAGUGAUGACGAUUAUGAUGAUGAGGAUGAUGACGAUAAUAUUGAUGAAAAGACAAUUCAUGCUAUCCUGGCACCGAACGAAUCGCCUAGACCUUACGGCACUCACGGCGCAUCCAAGACCAGUUCGACCAAAAGGUCUUUACCAGCAGAUGAUAAACUAAGAAAAAAAGGCAGUCAGAUAUCCAAAGAGUUGUCGGACUUGGUGAUUUACGUCCAGGCGAUCAAGUUCCGAGGCCUUAACACCAUAUCGCCCAGUAGCUCGGUCAAACAGCGACCGGCUAGGGCUUGCGUGUCCAUAUCAGGUAGUUCUAUCGUGACCACCGGAAGCAGUUCCGCUUCAAACAUAUCUUCGUCGGGUAUCGGUAGCGAAUCGGAUAGUACCUUAUACGAAAGCGAGGUAAAGCAACAGAGACCAAACAUCAACUAUCCCUGUUACCAAUGCUCGUCCAUUAAUGAGAACACAGCCAAAAAGCUUUGCAGAAAGCAGGCUUUGGGCUUGGUAGCUCACACUCAGACUCAGCUCAUGAGAACCUACCCUGCCCCGAUGAGAAUCGAUUCUAGCAACUUUAAUCCUGUGAUUUUCUGGUCUUUUGGAAUACAAAUGACAGCGUUGAAUUAUCAGACUGAAGAUACGGCAAUGCAACUGAACAAUGCCCUGUUUGAAACCAGUGGGAAAUGUGGUUAUGUUUCCAAGCCUAGAGUGAUGUGGGAUAAGAGUCACGUGAUGUACAGAAGGUUUAAUCCUUGGGAUAAGCAAUUCGAUGGAAUACACUCCUCGCAGUUCGUGGUUAGUGUAGUUUCUGGACAGUACGUUUGCCAGAACAACGUUAACCUAAGUGUGUAUGUUGAAGUGGAAAUAAUUGGUAUUCAAAUCGACUGUAACAAACAAAGAACGAAAGUGGUACAUAAAAACGCCCUGAAUCCGAUAUGGAAUGAAACGUUUCAUUUUAGAAUCAUGUUUCACGAUCUAGCCUUUUUACGUUUUGCAGUUGUAGACUCAACAAAUAAUCAUCUAUUAGCUCAACGCAUCAUUCCUUUAAAAUGCCUUAAACCAGGCUACAGACAUCUUAGGUUAAAAAAUAUGCAAAACAAGAACUUGAAUAUGUCAACUUUGUUUAUUUACUCGAGGAUUGAGGAGGAGAGUUUAGAGAAUACUGAGAGUCGGGAGGAUGCAGCUCAAAUUGAGAGCGAUUCCAAAGAAACUGACAGUUACGUAGCAACCACUGGAACUCCAAUUUGCGUCAAGCGAAAAAUGUUUUUCCUUAUGGUAUACGGCGUCAUUCCCGAGGAACCUUCCACCAUUUUAAAAAUCACCCAAGAAUCCACGACUCAAGAUGUCCUCUUGCUAUGCCUACAGAAAGCCAACAUCUGUACAGAUAAAGUAAACGACUAUAUUUUGGUGGAGGAAGUAGCUCGAGGUUGGGAAAAGAAAGACCACAACUUGCCUGCUACUCAAAGAAUCUUGGAUUUACACGAACGACCUCUGCAGGCUCAGAGUCAAUGGAAAGGAGAAGGCAAGUUUAUUCUGAAGAGAAUGGGAAAUGAUCCUAGUAGUAGAGCUUGGUUAACUUCGAUCAGAAGCGUCGCUAACAGAGCUAGAGAAGCUAGAAAAUCAGAUGGAGCUCCUAGCAAUGCUUGGGAAGAGAACGACACUUUCCUUGUAUGUAUUUACAACGUAUCUCCAGAAAUUCCGUAUGCUAUUCUGAAAGUGCCGCUGAACGCUUGCGCGCAGGACGUACUCGCGCAGGCUCUGCUCAAGGCGCGUCGACUGGAGGACCCCAUGAACUUCGUCAUCAUAGAGGAGCUGGAGUGGGGAGGUACCGCCCACAACAUCCAACAGCGCGCCCUCACGGACUACGAGAACGUGUACAGCGCGCAGUCCUCCUGGCAGACCAUCGGCCGCUUCAUAUUGCAGGAGCGGGCCAAUGUGACGCCCACGUCUUUGAGGAAAAAUAGGAUAACGUCCAGUUUGAGGCUGGCCACGCUGGAUCGGAUCAGCAGGGGAUUGAAUGUGGCCAGGAACGUGGCUAGUAAUAGUAUUAAGGUUCCUGUGCAGGUGGCGCUGAGCGACCCCACCACCUCCAAGCCGCCCCUGUCCUCUUCGGCCAAGAGCCAUCUAGCGGCCGCCAGGACCAAACUGCACUCGGAAAAGGACUUCGGCCUGCCACCCAGCGGCGCGAAGAAGUCGCGCGAAGUCCACUCCGAAGGCGAAACCCUCUCGGACGAGGAUUUCAGGGACAGCGAGAUUUUGACGGCUGUCAAUCGACUGAAAAAAGUGUCCAUGCGCAAACUGAAAGAGUGGAAGUCUUGACUAAGCAACUAGGACCCUGAUUGAACGGGGUUCGGGGAACCAAAGAACUUGUGAAAGAUCGAUUUUUGGAGAGGGUAACGAUUGAGAUUAAGAGAAUAAAUUAAUAAACGCUUAAAAUAAGUCGCUUUGUAUUUUUUUAAUUAAAAACAAACAUUUUUUUGUACAGGAUAUCUCGAAUUGCGAGAAUCAAGCUUUGUUCAGGAUACCAAUAUGGAUACCUUGCUGUUCAUAUUUAAAUUAAUCUAUGUCUAGUGUAAUUGUAGCUAGAAUAAUCUUAAUUUGUGUUAUAUAAAAUUAUUUAAUACAAUAUAUUGUAAAGUUAGGAAUAUAAAAAUUGUUCUUUGAAAAGAAUCUUUUGCUAUCAGUUAUUAGUAUAUAUAUAUAUAUAUAUUUUUUUUCUUUUUAGUUACCGUAAAUAUAUUGUUCAGGAUAAUGAAAAAAAAUUCUCGUAAAUUUUGAGCUUUUAAUAUCAAUAUUAAGAGGUGCCUCAUCGUAAUUUUCUAUUUCCCAUUUGAAUAACAUAGGGAAACAAAUUCUUUUUUUUUGGAAUUUUA